ACAAGUGUGAGCACUUGGCUUUGUGCCUCGGGGGCUUUUCUGGUGAGUGCAGGGGUUUUUCGUAUUUAACUGGAACUGCCUGUUAACUAGUCUCUUUUCUCCUUUCUGUUCUAUUCACUGCCCCACGAUGGAUUUUGGUGCCUCGCCUGCGUGGUUGCCCUGGCUCKCUCAUCUCUGGUGUCAUCAUGACAACAGAAAAGAGCCCAGCAGCCGACGCUGACAACUCGGAGCAGCAGCAAGUCAAAGAGGAGGAAGGAGCUGCUGAAACACAGAAGCAGCAGGCUUCCCUAGAGGAAGGGGCUCAGCAGACACCACAGAGGCAGYCCCAGAGGCAGAAGGCUUCCAACGGAGACACCCCCACACACGAGGAGCAGAGCAAGAAGGAACGGCGCACCUCUGAGGGCCGCGGUCUCUCCCGCCUCUUCUCCUCKUUCCUCAGGAGGCCCAAGUCUCAGGUGUCCGAAGAGGACAAAGACACUGAUGUUCCUAAAGAGGCAGGAGGUGAUCAGAAAGACGGGGGAUUAGGAGCCAGCCCUGAUGAAGACAUCCUGGUGAAAGCCCCAAUUGCAGCCCCCGAGCCCGAGCUCAAAACYGACCCAUCACUGGAUCUCCAUUCCUUGAGCAGUGCGGAAACACAGCCUGCUCUGGAGGAGAGGAGGGACGACCAGGAGCCAGAGGGGAGAGACCUCGAGGACAGGGAACAAGGGGAAGCAAAGGAAGUGGGUGCCAAGCCAGAGCCGAAGCCGGAGACUGCAGACACCAAAGCAGACAAGGAUUUGAAAGCUGCCCAAAAAGCAGUGAAAAGACACAGAAACAUGUACUGCAAAGUUGUCUURCUGGAUGACACCAUUUUUGAGUGUUCUGUGGAUAAACACGCCAAGGGACAGGAUCUACUUAAAAAAGUCUGUGACCACCUCAAUCUGCUGGAAGAAGACUACUUUGGUUUGGCCAUAUGGGAGACACCAACCUCCAGGACGUGGCUGGAUCCUGCCAAAGAAAUAAAAAAGCAGGUUCAUGGAGGCCCCUGGGAUUUUACCUUCAAUGUCAAGUUUUAUCCGCCAGAUCCUGCGCAGCUGACAGAGGACAUCACCAGGUAUUACCUGUGUCUGCAGCUCAGACAGGACAUCCUUACAGGGCGGCUGCCCUGCUCCUUUGCCACCUUGGCUCUGCUGGGUUCCUACACGGUCCAGUCAGAGUUGGGAGACUAUGAUCCUGAUCUCCAUGGCCCAGAUUACAUCAAUGAGUUCAAACUGGCCCCAAAUCAGUCAAAAGAACUUGAAGAGAAGGUUGUGGAGCUUCAUAAAACAUACAGAUCCAUGACRCCAGCUCAAGCAGACCUGGAAUUUCUUGAGAAUGCAAAGAAGCUGUCUAUGUAUGGAGUCGACCUUCACCAAGCCAAGGACUUGGAAGGAGUGGAUAUCACUCUGGGAGUCUGUUCCAGUGGCCUUCUUGUUUACAAAGAUAAACUGAGAAUCAACCGCUUUCCAUGGCCCAAAGUCCUGAAGAUUUCCUACAAACGCAGCAGCUUCUUCAUCAAGAUUCGGCCAGGGGAGCAAGAACAGUAUGAAAGUACAAUUGGGUUCAAGCUACCAAGUUACCGGGCAGCGAAGAAGCUGUGGAAAGUAUGUGUUGAACAUCACACCUUYUUCAGGCUGACUUCCACGGAAGCCAUCCCCAAGAGCAGGUUCCUGGCGCUGGGCUCCAAGUUCCGCUACAGCGGGCGGACGCAGGCGCAGACGCGGCAAGCGAGUGCCCUGAUCGACCGGCCCGCGCCCCAGUUUGAGCGCACAGCCAGCAAGAGAGCAUCCAGGAGYCUCGAUGGAGCUAAACGUGCGACUCAAAAGGUUGAGUUCAGAGCCGUAGAGGAAGAGAAGCAGAAGGAGGUGGUGGUGGUUGAGGUUCCUGAAUCAAAACCUGCGGAUCAGAUCCGAGAGAAGCCAGCCAAACACACUCUUGARACUUUUGAAAUGAAACCCAUUGCAGAGGAGGAAGAGGAGGAGGAGAAGGUAGAGGUGGUUAAGGUUCCUGUUGUGAAGCCAAARUCAGCGGAGCUGGUGCAGCCACGGUCAGCAGUGGCUGUGAUAACCCCAGAACGGAGUCCCCGGCCCACCUCAGCCCCAGCCAUCGCUCAGAGCCACCCUGCAGAGUCAGCCCCAGCUAAGCCCGAGGUGAAGGACAUGGCUGCAUCUAAAGUAGUGAAGGAAACAGCAAAAUCUGAUGUGAGACGCGAAGAAUUCUCAGCGGAGAAAGCCAAGGAGCCAGUGGAUGCUUCAAGGGUGAGGAAAGCACACAUUGAGGUCACAGUCCCCAUCACGAAUGGUGCCCAGCCCCAGCAGCAGCCUGCAGAAAAAGAGGAAGAGCUGAUAAGAAUGAGGAAGAAGAAAUCAAAGAGGCUAGAUGGUGAAAACAUUUAUAUCAGGCAUAGCAAUUUAAUGUUGGAGGAUCUAGAUAAGACCCAGGAAGAAAUCAAGAAGCACCACGCCAACAUCAGUGAGUUGAAGAAGAACUUCAUGGAGUCRGUCCCAGAGCCUCGGCCGAGUGAGUGGGACAAACGUUUGUCCACUCACUCCCCGUUCCGGAGCCUCAAUGUCAACGGGCAGAUYCCCACGGGAGCGGAUGGAAAAAUGAGUGACUUUCUUUCCCAAGAGGAUGUGGCUGCAGUGCCAGAGUGGAACAGUUUUAACCCUGGCUUUGUGUGGGAGGGCUCAAAGCAUUCAGUAGCUCUUAGUGAGACUCCAGUGCCACCAGCCUCACAGCCUUCUCCCAGCUGGCACUUAGGUGUUCCCUCCCUAAGCAGCAAGGAGGAGGAGGAGGAGGAGGAGGAGGAGCAGGAGGAGGUGGUUCCCAGCCUCUCUUCAAGCAAGGAGGACCUGACAUGUGGAAAGGGGGUUUGUGUGGAUGUGGAGAAAGACUUGAAGUUCUCUGAGCCAGAGCUGCUCCCCCCCAACCCUGCCACACCUCCCCAGCAGCCCUGGGGAGGAGAGGAGGAGGAGGAGGAGGUGGCAGAGGACGGUGAAGACAGCUUUACCUUUAGAAAGCCACAUGGCAAAUGUCCCAACCCCGAUGCUCCUAACAGGCUGCCGGAGCUCAUUCGCUGCUUCCAGCCCCCGCUAGUGAAGACACAGACUGUCACCAUCUCCGACGUGUCCAGCGCCAUCAAAAGUGAAAUUCCCACAAAAGAGGUCCCCAUUGUCCAUACAGAAACGAAGACCAUCACCUACGAAGCUGCACAGACAGACGGUGGCAAUGGGGAUUUAGACCCUGGUAUCCUGCUGACUGCCCAGACCAUCACUUCAGAAACCACCAGCAGCACCACCACCACCCAGAUCACCAAGACUGUGAAAGGUGGCAUUUCAGAGACACGGAUUGAGAAGAGGAUUGUCAUCACAGGAGAUGCAGAUGUAGACCAUGACCAGGUCCUGGCACAGGCGAUCAAGGCUGCCAAGGAGCAGCACCCAGACAUGUCAGUGACCAAAGUGGUUGUGCAUCAGGAGACUGAGAUUGCAGAGGAGUAACUUGGCUGUGAAACGUUCCUGCCAGCGUGAACACCAGGAAAAAGAAACCCAGCAAAACUACCAAGAAACUUACCUGGAGCACAAAGACCUCGGAUUUCAGACUUGACACUCAGAGACAUUCAUAUCAUUUAUUAAGAAUUGCGCUUUUGACAUUUUACUUGGGAUUUUUCCAGACUCCACUGGAUCCUAUUGGACAUAGGGUUUUGGUGUUGGGUUUUUUUUUUUUAUAUCUAUUGUGACAGAAAUAUGCCAUAUUUCUAACUGUACUGAAUAUUUUUUACAGGUUUUCAAUUUUGCAUUCCCUCUCACGCAAAGCCUCUUCAAACACAGGACCCCCACCUCGCAGGGCUCCAGGGCUCCCUGUUUUAACUUGUAUUCCCUCUGCCUCAUCAGGGAUCACAGAGCCACGGGUCCUUCUGCCAGGAGAGUCAGUUCAAGAGUCAGACUUCUUGUGCAGCAUUUCUGAUUGCCUCUGGAUCAUUUUUGUAGCACUGCUCUGGACCUCCAGCCCUGCUGCAAGCCCUGGGCUGCUCUGAGCUCCCUCCCUGCUGGGUUCCAGCCCUGGCCUGUGCUCACAGCAGGGUUUUGUGACGUAGCCUAUGCACACAUCUGAAUAGUUGACUAGAUUUAAGGAAUACUGGAAGUUGCUUCAAGUAUUUUAUACUGUGAAUUUUAGAGCUUUAAGAGGACUGUGAUAGCAUCUUGCCUUCUUCCUGUGUGUCUCUGCUGAGUGCUCCCCACCUGUUUGUGUUUUCUAGAUGCAAUUAAAUGAAAAAGCCCUUAGAAGUGUGUGUUUAAGGUGUUUGGACUCGAGAUGCUAUUAAGGUAGGCUUCUGCAUCAUUCACAGGAACUGAGUUUUUCAGUGUCAUAGUUUUUCACUWGUUUGUGUUCAUGAUUUUUAAAUUAGGGAGGGUUUUUUUUUUGUGAGUCAUGGGUUGGGUUUUUUCCCUCCCCUCACAGUGCUAUUUAAAGCUGAACACGUUACCCAUUUCCCAGAGCAUGUAUCCUACUACCAUUUAAUUUAAACUCCUUUAGACAAUCCUUCCUAGGCCUGCAAGCUAUUUGGAGAGGCUGAACAAGGAAUUUUAAGAGGUGUCAGGUGUUGCUGGUUGUGAUAGAGCCAAACCACAUGGGAAGUGCUGACAUUCCCUCUUCCACGCUGUCCUGAGGGUCUGGAUUUGGUUUCAUGACCCCCUUGCCAGAAUGAAAUAUCAAGGUGAUUGUCUGAAUCUUUGAGGCUGAGUUUACAGACUCCCAGGGCCAUCUCCAGCACGGAGCAGGUGAUGCAAAAACACGAUUCCAGUGUCUGGAUGUGCUCCCACUGCUGCUCUCUCAGCCUCAUGGGAAUGUUCUUGCCUGGUUUGUCCUUCCAGCAUUUAAAUUCAAGAUUCAAGAAGCAAAAAACCAAGCUCUGUAAAGAGUCUGCCCAGACACUUGGGAACACUUUAGUCCACUUGAGGUUGUGAUUUUUUAUUUUUUUUUAUGUAUAAAUAUAUAUAUAUAUCGUGUGGUACAGUGGUAGCUGAGGGCAGAGUGCUCUGCUCCUCAGGCGUGGGUGGGAAGAAAAUGGCAAUAAAGAARAAGGCUCUCUAGUUUUAAAUUUGAAUAAUGUAUUUCAGAAGUCACUGGAUUUAGCUCAGGCUGCAAUGAUGUGCACUGUUAAGCUGCAAACAGCCCUGGAACUACACUGGGGCUGGUGCAGCUCUCAACUUCAGGUGCAAUUUUAAUUAAGCUGUCAGUAUUGAUUGGAGACUGCUGGAGCUACUGGAUUUUGGCUUUCUUUGAGCCUYGUUGGCCCUGGGUAUUGCUCAGCCUCCAGCCUUCCCAUGCCAGCAGCUGCCUCUGGGCUGCUCUGGGUGCAGGGUCCCCUCCAGGAUGCUCUGUGUUCCUCAGGGCAYCCUGCUCUGGGGAUUUAGGGAGUCCUGGGCUCCACAGCUGCACUGUAGAGAUUAAGUCUUCCUAUCCCUGUCUGAAAAGCUCUUUCCUUCCUUAAUCUGCCACACAGACCCUGGAAUGGGUCUGUGUCUCCACUGUCCUCAACUUAGUUGGGUAAUGCUUGCCUUAAACACCCGUUGUGCUGAGCACCCUCUGGCACUGUCCUUUUUCUGGGAAUUGAGUUUUUUGCCACUCAGUCCUUCCUUCRCCCCUGCAGCAGCCACCAGAGGAGUGAAGGGACAUGGGGAACAGCGGCUGAGAGGAUUUCUGGGCUUUACCAGGCAAAGCCAGUGUGAUAAAAGUUUGUCCAUAGCACUUAAAUGCACUUGGCUGUCAGGGGAAUUUAGGGGUACGUGGUUCCUGGGUGUUCCCUUGGGGUGUCCCCAUGCCCUGAGCACGAUGAGUGUCAAAAACCCCCUGAGCAGGGAAUUUCUGGGGUGAGAAACCUGCUGGCAGGAGAGGUGGUUCCUUCCCAAAAGGAUAGAUUUUGGGUAGCUGUUUCCAGGUUGCCCAUUCUCACGCUUCCCCCUGCUGAGUUUCUUGCUUCUGCARUAAUUUCAGUCAUGGCCUCGUGCCCUUUGCCAUCACCUGCUCUCUGACCUCAGGGCUUUCCAGCUCCACUCCUG